AUGGAGUAUUCCAAAAAAAUGCCAAAUACUACAGAAGGGUGGCUACAAUGUGCUAAAGAAUUUGAGGAGCAUUGGAAUUACCCGCAUUGCGUAGCCGCUAUGUAUGGGAAGCAUGUGAUGUUACAAGCACCCAUAAAUAGUGGCAGCGAAUAUUACAAUUAUAAGUCAUAUUUUAGCAUUGUGCUAUUUGCACUUGUGGAUGCGAAUUAUAAUUUUAUUUUCGCUGAUGUGGGUACUCAGGGUCGUAUAUCGGAUGGAGGAAUAUUUAAACAUAGUCUAAUAUGGAAGAAAAUACAAGAAAACAGUCUGAGUUUGCCAGAAUCAAAAGAGCUUCCUGGGCGGGAAAAACGUAUCCCUUACGUCAUACUGGGUGACGAAGCAUUUGCUCUACAUGAACAUGUAAUGAAACCCUAUUCUGGUCUUUAUGAAAAAGGAUCGAAAGAAAGGAUCUUCAAUUAUCGAUUGUCAAGAGCACGGCGAGUUUCAGAAAAUGCGUUUGGAAUACUUAGCGCAGUAUUUAGAGUUUUGAGAAAACCCAUGCUCCUUGAACCUAACAAGGCUAGAGAUGUAGUACUGACGACUAUGUAUCUACACAAUUACUUAAGAAAAAGUAAAAAUUCGAGAAAUACCUAUACACCUGCAGGAACUUUUGAUAGUGAGCUAAAUGAUGGGACAGUUGUUGCUGGAAGCUGGCGGAGGGAUGAUGUAAACCAAACCUCAAUGUGCAGAUUAAAAAAAAUACCAAGGAAAAGUCCAUCAAAUGCUCAAGAAAUACGAGAAGUAUUUGCCGAAUAUUUUUUUACAAACGGGCGUAUACCUUGGCAAAAUGACAGUGCUUAA